UAUAUAUUUUUAUUUUUUUUUUUAAAUGAAAACAAAAACAGAAAAAGGAAGAGUUAGAAUUUGCUUUCUCUUUCUCGAUCCCUCUCUCUCAAAAUCGCUGUUCCUCUCUCACCCACCGCCACCGGCCGCCGCUCUCAAUCCCUCUCUCACUGCUCUCAAUCUCUCUCCCUCACCUCGCCGUAACGCCGUUCAAUCUUCCGCCGCAGCCGCACCACUGCUCAGCUCACCGCGCCGCACCACACCACACCGCACCGCACUCACUCUUUUUCUUCGUCUCGUUUCAGAAACAACUUUGUCUUUUAAAUAUUAUUGUAUCUAGAAAUUUGGUUGAUAAAAUUCCCUCCAAAAUUUUGCCUAGGCUCUCUAAUAUUACUGGAAUCGCCACUGCAUUCAUUCAUCAACAAAACUUUCCGAAUCUGAAAUAUCUUCAUCGAUCAACCUUCUGAUUCACCAACCUUGGAAAAAAGAGUAAUCAAAAUUUGAACAACUAUACAUCAAAAUGUCCUCCCUUGCAGCUGCCAGAGCAGACAACUUUUACUACCCCCCAGAAUGGGAUCCAAGCCAGGGUUCUCUGAACACAUUUCAUGGUCAACAUGCCUUGAGAGAGAGAGCAAGGAAGUUAGAUCAGGGUAUCUUGAUUAUAAGGUUUGAGAUGCCUUAUAAUAUAUGGUGUGGAGGAUGCAAUUCUAUGAUUGCCAAGGGUGUCCGGUUCAAUGCAGAGAAGAAGCAAGUUGGGAAUUACUAUUCUACAAAGAUAUGGAGCUUUACCAUGAAAGCUGCAUGCUGUAGACAAGAGAUCACCAUCCAGACUGAUCCAAAGAACUGCGAGUAUGUGAUCAUCAGUGGGGCUCAGAAAAAAACUGAGGAUUUCGAUGUUGAGGAUGCAGAAACUUUUGAAUUACCUGCUGAUGAAGAGAAAGGGAAGCUUGCUGAUCCAUUUUACCGUCUCGAACACCAGGAAGAAGACUUGAAAAAAAAGAAAGAAGCUGAACCAGUGCUUGUGCGUCUCCAGCGAAUGUCUGAUGCCCGACAUUCGGAUGACUAUGCCAUAAAUAAGAGUCUCCGAGCCAAACUUAGAAGUCAAAAGAAAAGAGUUGCUGAAGAAGAAGCUGCUUCUAGGAAAAGGGGCCUUGGGAUUCGACUGCUUCCAGCUUCGGAACAAGAUGCUGCUGCAGCAGCAAAAGUGAAGUUUUCUAGUAAGUUUGACAAAAAUAGGAAAGACAAACGGGCAUUGAUCAAUGCUGAUUCCAUAUUCCCAGGAUUGUCUGUCUCAUCCAUGUCUGGUAAGAGAAGGCAAGAGCUAGAGUCUAAAAGAAGAAAAAUUUCUGCAAGUGCAGCAUCUAGCCUUUUGGCCGGGGGAUAUAAACCAUCAUCAUGGUCACAAGGUGCUGUUUUGUCAAGCAGGCAAAAGGGAGCUUCAAUGAAUGCAAGACACUAGAAAGCUUUAAAAUGUCAACAGAGUUGGUCAGUCACAGUUGAUUUUGGCUUAUUGACUCUGGAGUUGUACAUAGAAAUAUGCUUAAUAAGGUUAUUUGUUAAUGCUGUUGUUUUGUUUGUUUUGAGAGCUUAAAAGAUAAGAUAGAUAGAAGUAUAUGUUUUGAUUAAAAAAAAGAAACAUGGAAGUAUGUGUGAUCAUUUUGUAUUCUAUAUUGUAAGCCAUGUAUAACGUGUGAUCGAAGUGAUUCAUUUCCAUUUUAACAAAGUUGAAUUCUUGGUAA